AUGACUAAGAAAAGGCAUCAAGCGUUAUACUCGAAGCCGCAGUCAACUGCCCCUUCUUCACUGGGUGCCUCAGCUUCAGCGUCCUCUUCUGCCCAGAGUCAACGUAGGGGCGUUAACGAACUUUUGGCUGAUCUUCGUCGAUCAUCCUCCCGUGCUACCCCGACGGCAUCGGCAGCAGCAGCAUCGGCAGCGACCACACCCACCGUCCCGCCCGCCCUCCGACAGAUCCUCCAGAUCCCAGAGACGCCCCCGCCAGCGCCCAGGCGUGUUCCAAGAUUCGACGCUACAGGCCGACGAGUACCACCUGGCCCACCACCUCCACGCAGCUGGUUAUCACGAUCCAGCCAUGCCCAGCGCGCACACGCGACCGCGGCCCACCGUGGCACCCAGGCCACGGAGGGCCUGCCUGGCACGUACGAGCCUGACAAGGGCAGCUUGAUGGACCUCAUCCUGCGAAGGAUGGCCCUGAACUGGGAGCUCCAUAAAGAUUACGACCAGUACUACUUGCACACGCUGCCCAGCCGUGUCAGGGCCUCGUUGGCAAAGUAUGUUGGCGUAUGGUACGAGGGCGGCGCGUCCGCUGCAGACCUGCACAACAUCCUGAUCCCUCCUCCGGCGCACGAGGGUCAGCAGCCACUCGACGUCGACGGCCUUGUGUCCCUGAACAACGAUGUCUAUUUUCUCGACUUGACUGGCUCGGUGGGUCACUCGAUGACCGUCAGGGAGUUGGCGGACGUCCUGUUCCCGCAGCAGCUGGCGAGCGCCGCCGAGGCCGUGCAGGAUUCCUGGGACACCGCAGAGGCGCCGUCGCUCCCGCCGAAGCUCCUCCCCAACAUCACACACCUCUGCCUCACCGUCGCCCCCAGCGCGCAGCAAGGCGGCGGGGCGCCCGGCGUGUCAUGGAAGCAGCUCCUUCCGCUGGCAGCGAAGCUGCCUACGCUAACACACCUGAGUCUAGCGUACUGGCCCGAGCCGUCGCUGACGCCCAACGCAAAGUUCUCCAAAAUUGUGUCGUCUGAAGGCCGCGCCGAGGCUUAUUCAGGCACGGGGGCGUACGCACACACUCUGGAUGAUGACUGGUCCGAGGCUGUUAUCCUGCUGAGGAAGCUGAGCAAGAGCCUCUAUAGGCUGGAGUACCUCGACCUCACGGGCUGCGGCGUGUGGUUCAAGGCCCUCAUGGCCAACGUCGACGGAGACAAGGUCGACUGGACAGGGCCAUGGGGUAAGGUCUCAACCUUAAAGUUGAGGUACGGGUAUGAGAUAAGCGUAGACACGCCGAUUGCGGACCACGAGAGGUUCCGUGAGGCGGCGCAAAUGGCGAAGGCAAUUGAGAAGUACAUCGUAGCGCAGAGAGCUGGAAAAGGGAGGUUCAUCAACGUGAACAGUGAUCAGAUAGAAGAUGUGCAGACGUCAUUUAUGCCAUUCAUAAUUUAG